CGCUAGGGAGAGCUGUUUGGGCGCCGCUUUGAGCCGAGGCCCGCGCGCUCAGCCGCCGCGCCGUGGUUGUUUGGGCGCCUAGUCUUGAGCGCAACUGGUGUGUGUUUAUGCGCGCGCGCGCGUGUGUAGGGUAUCCUCCUCCGCCAGGCGGGCUUUCCUCCCUUUGCACGUACGGUGGUGACUCCAGCACAGUCCCAAGGCCGUCUGGGCGAAGCUGGGAGCAGCAAAGCUCCGAGGGAAGGGCGAGGAGGGGCGUUCUUGCUGCUGCUGCUGCUGCGCCUUCCAAGUAUGCAGGCGGCUCCCCAGUUGCCUCGGCGGCGGCAGGCGGGCGACAAGCAGCGGCAGCCAAGGAGGUGCGUGUGAGCGACGGGAGAGCUCCUCUUCACUCACAAGGAUGCUGGGGGGCGAUGCCUGGCGGCAGGGAGGACGAGAUUUGCCAGAAAGCGCUGCAGCUGCUAGCCGAGCUCUGCUCCGUCGGGGCGGUAGAGAACGACAGAUGCCUGGAGUUCAGCUACUACCUGCGGGACAGCGCCAGACCCCGGCCCAUAGACUCCGGCAUAAUUCGAUUCGAAGGCAGCUCAAUCUCUCAAAUCCAGACUUCAAUAUCCAGCAGAUCCAAAAGCAGGAUCAGCUGACAGGGAUUGGACGCAUCAAACCAGAGCUCUAUAAGCAGAGAUCAGUGGAUACAGAUGAUGGGCGAAGAAAUAAUAGCAAGUCUUGUGGGAGACUCAAUUUCAUUCUGAAAUAUGAUUGUGAUUUGGAGCAACUGAUAGUGAAAAUUCACAAAGCUGUCAACCUGCCAGCAAAGGACUUUUCUGGGACCUCAGACCCUUAUGUCAAGAUCUACUUACUUCCAGAUAGGAAAACAAAACACCAGACUAAAGUGCAUAGAAAGACCCUAAACCCAGUGUUUGAUGAAGUUUUUUUAUUUCCUGUUCCUUACAAUGAUCUGAGCACACGGAAACUCCACUUCUCUGUAUAUGACUUUGACCGAUUCUCCAGGCAUGACUUAAUUGGUCAAGUGAUAGUGGAUAAUUUUUUAGAUUUGUCAGACUUUCCCAGGGAGUGUAAUAUUUGGAAGGAUAUUGAAUAUGUCACCAACGACAAAGUGGAUCUAGGCGAGUUGAUGUUUUCGCUUUGCUAUCUUCCGACAGCUGGUAGACUCACUAUUACUAUAAUAAAAGCUAGAAAUUUAAAGGCAAUGGACAUAACAGGAGCAUCAGAUCCCUAUGUGAAAGUUUCACUGAUGUGUGAAGGAAGACGGCUGAAGAAGAGGAAGACUUCCACCAAGAGAAACACCCUCAAUCCUGUUUACAAUGAAGCCAUAGUCUUUGAUGUCCCUCCAGAAAACAUUGACCAAAUUAACUUAUCUAUAGCCGUUAUGGAUUAUGACCGUGUAGGUCACAAUGAGAUAAUUGGAGUGUGCCAAGUAGGCAACGAUGCAGAAAGCCUUGGGCGAGACCACUGGAAUGAAAUGCUCUCCUACCCUCGGAAACCCAUUGCUCACUGGCAUCCACUUGCAGAGGGCCCUAUUCCGCAGAAAUGUUAUGCGGGCCUUCUGCGCAUGGAUGGCUGCCGAAGAGGCUUCCUCACUCUUUUAACCUAUUCAGCAGAAAUUUGGCAUUCCUGUUGAACUCUUUCUUAGCCAUUUUCUCAGGGGCCAUUCCGCAGAGAGUCCAAAGGGGUAAAGAUAUCCCUUUAAUCCCAUUAUUUAACCCUUUCCCCGUUCACAACCCCAGAAUAUAUUAAUCUGAAACCAUAAAACACAAAAAUUUGUGUUAGUUAUAGAUGUACUUUUGUUUCUGAUGCUUCCUACAAUUUAGCUCUAACUUAGUUUCCCAUGUCUAUCAGUAAUGUCUAUAUUGUCAUUAUUCCCCUUAAAUUAAUUGCACUGUUAGCUCUGUUGUCUAAAUGCAGGUGAUAACCAACAGUAUAUUUCAAGAUUCAUGGAAAAGAACAUACUUACUUACUUACUUACUUACUUAUUUAUUUGAUUUCUAUACCGCCCUUCCAAAAAUGGCUCAGGGCAGUUUGCACAGAGAAAUAAUAAAUAAAUAAGAUGGAUCCCUGUCCCCAAAGGGCUCACAAUCUAAAAAGAAACAUAAGACAGACAGUCACUCGAGGUUAUGUGCUGGGGUGUAUAAGGCCAGUUACUCUCCCCCUGCUAAAUAAAAGAGAAUCACCAUGUUAAAAGGUGGUUCUUUGCCAGGUUAUCAGGGGGGCUACUUAUAACUACUAUCAUGGACGGAUAAGGCGAACUUGCCCUGUUUUAUGUUCCUAACGCUACUGCCCAAUAAUCCAGCAGUUAUACUAUGAGUAGGCAGUAUUUAUAUUCAUAAUGUAUGAAUUAGAAUGUAACAGUGAUAUGGAAGUUUCAGUAGACGGUAUGUAUUAUCAUUUUCAACCAUCAAUUGGUAACUACCAGACAGCCCAUAUGAACCUGAGAGGGAAGAAUACACAAAUACUGUUCCUCUAUUAUUGAUUGAACAGAAUAUCUUACAAGUGACAUGGGUUCCACUGCAAAGCAACACAGUUGCAAGCUAGUCCUGCCAUUGCAUUUUCAGAAUGUGGCCUCUCUUGUAAAAGAUUGUGGAAUAGUCUAAAUCAAAACCAGUAUCACAGUUGGCCAAAUUAGGCAUGGUCCCAAGGGCCUCGGUCUGCCCACAUCUGCCUGAAGGCCCAUGCUCCACCCAACAGCUGUGGCAACAACAACUACCCCUCCUACCCUUCAUGGGUGGAUGGCUGAGAACUUCCCCCGCCCACCUGGUGGUUUGGAGGUGGGGAGAACAAAAUGUGAGCAGGAACUCAGGGUCCAGUACAAUGCCUCACCCCACAGCCUAGCACCCUGUUUUGCUGUAAAUAGAUGAUGGCAGUGGGAAACAAGGUAGAGUUGAGAAACAAAUGUGACUGAAAUAAAAAUAUGUAAAAGUUAUACCUCAUAUUAGACUUACUCUAGCAGUUUAAAGGCAUUCUGUAAGCAAGCUAGUGAGCCUCAUUCUUCACCAGGCAUAAUAAUUCAGAACAAAAGAAAAAUAAAAUAGAUUUGUAUUUGAUGACUCCAUGGUUUUAUUACCUGGUAGUCUGUGUCAAGGCUUUGUAUCUGGAUUGUAAAUUGCUCAGCCUAACUUAAAUGUAAUAUAUUUACCUUGCAACAUUGUUUCUAAAGGGGUUGAAACUUGACCCCUGCAUCAUUUCAUUUUGGGCAAGGCUGAAUAAAUGAUAGUCUAAUUAGCAAUUCUUGGAAGACAUCCAAAAUGGCAGCAGAUUUCAUCUGCAGGGAGGGACAAUUAAAGCACUUGUUACAUGGCAUGAGAACAUUAUUCUAAAACAAAAUGUGCAAGGACUGUCAGCCUCCUAGUAGAAGAUAAAUAGAUCUUCCACUGACUCUUUUAAGAGUGAAGGGCUUUUGUCAAUCAGGUUCUGAAUAGCCAGUGUUAAGGAUACUUGGUAUCCUUAAUGUGACACACUAUGUGUAUAACCAAGAACAAAGACAUUUUAAAAAUUCCUAGUAAUUUACUGUUGGGAGCACUAUUCAGUCUAUAAAGAUCACAGACUAAAUAUUUGUAUUCAGUUUGUGAUUCCAUACUCAGUUUUCAAAUAAUUGAACUAAGCUUAUAUAAUGAAUUAUCUCUAUAACUAUAAUUCAGUCUUGCCCACUUGUAAAAAUUGCAAAUUGGAAUCUAUUCUGAUUGAUUUGUCAACAUUUUAGCCAUCUUACAUAGUGAAAGGAAAGAGUCUGAAAUGGGGGAGGGGCACCUCCCACAUCCCUUCAGACUGAACCAUUACUCUUCUAGAUUCUGAACCAAUCUGAAAUGGGAUGCUUAAAGAUCGGGAACUAUAUUUCCCAUGCUUCCUAGAUUGCCUGAACAGAGCCAUACAUUUUUGCAAGAGUGUCCAGGCCUGAAGCACGAGACACCAACAUUGCUGCAAACUCUUUAUACUGCCCCAUAUCACCUGACCUUUUUUUGUAAACUAUAGCAGUAAGGAUUGUAAAGGGCAAAGUACAGCAGGAUUAGGAAAGCCUCUGUGUCCACUGCAUUUUUGAUGACAUUAUCCAUAUUACAUUGUCUAGUGGACGUUCUCCAAAUUAAUCCAUUAUAACUAGUUCCUACCCAAAUCAAAUAUGGAUGGGUCCAACUAUCACUAAUUUAGCAUAAUAAUAGUUCAAAACAUUAAAGCAGGCAGACUGCAAAUACAGACAGACCUCAAUAUCUGUGGAUUUGUGUAUCCGCGAUUGGGUAAAAGACACCUGACCUCGGCAUAUGCAGGGGUAGGGGAGGGGGAAAAUACGUCAACCUCACGUAUCCGCAGGUCGGGUGUGUCUGGAAAUGAUCGCGGAAGUCAUUUCUGGCUGCCAUUUUGUGUCUUGGAGCCUCAAAAUGGCUAUUUUUCUAAAAAAGAAAAACUGGUGAUUUUCUGCCAAUUUCUGGCUGAUCUGGGGGCAUUCUGGGGAACAGCACGACUCAGGAGAGCAGCAAAGCAUGGUAAGGAUCUUCCCCCCACAUCCCCCCCCCGAAUUAGCUAGUUUUCACAAAUUGUUUACCAUUUUACCGAUGACCAGGAACCUAACCCCCACACUCCCAUAGCCCCCAAUGCCUGAUAUUUGCUGUUUCCGUAUCCACAGUUGCAGCCAGGGACAGAAUCCUCCUGUACUUUUUACACCCAGCUUUCUUCCAGUCAUAUUUUUCUGAAAAAGAGAAGAAAAGAAUAGGCAUUAUACCAAACACAUAUUAGAAAUGUAUGCAAUUGGUUCCUUUUAGGGUAGAUUAUUGUGAAGCACCAUGAGGCUCCUGCAGGGUGACUGGCCUUAGUAGGGGUUGCAGGGGUUGGGGGCCGCCUGGCCCCCAGAAGGUCCAGAAUGCCCCGUGUGAAUGGGGCAUUCUGGGGAGACCCCCUAGGAGAUCGCAUAUGUCUUUGAAUCAGGAUCUUCUUUGACCUUUGGAAACAAUAUGUAGGAUCAGGGACCCUGGAAACAAUGGCUGACAUCCUGACUAAUGAUGUGAGAUGCAGCAGGAGGCUUCCCCAUUACUUCAGUGGACAAGAGUGAUUUUUGUUAAUCUUCCCUACCUCUGGAAGUCAUGCAGCCCUCAGGGACAUAAUUUUGGAAGGCACUGAGCACUUCUGGAGGCAGGGGAGAUUAGCAAAAAUCCCAUGCCCUGCAUAUGUUGCAGUAGUGUGGAAGCCUCCUGCUGCAUCCUCACUUCAUUAGUCAGUAUAUCAGCCACUCUUUAGGAUCAGAGUGGUGCCAUGUUUAAACUAAUAUAGGCUAUGAUAGCCACGGUCACAGAAGAACCUAUAUUCAAAUAUAUGCAGAAUAUUCUGGCUUGGACUUUACCUUCUAUACGCAUUUCCAGAAAAUAUCUGCAGACAUUCAGAAUAAGCUGCUUGAACACAUGCCAAAAAUGUGUGUGUAAUCCUUGAGUACUUCUGUUUUGGUCAAAGCUAUCGAAGCAUAUCUGUUAUCAUAUACCUGGCCUUUCAGAAAAUUUCAUUGGAGGGAGCUCUGCGUAUAAGCAAGCAUGAAGCAUAGUGACAGUUUUAUGUUCUAUCAUGCAUGAAUCUCCAGUGUGGCAAAAUCUGUACUCAGGCAAAACUCCCAGGAGGCCAAUGGAAGCUUUGACUAGAUGAGCUUAGGAGGACUAUUGUGAUUUUGUUGUUGUUGUUAAGUUGGUCCCAGUUUUUCUUAUAUUGCUGCUGAAAUUGUCAUUUUACUUGUUUAUAUAUUUAUUUGGAUAUUUCUAUCCUGACUGUUCACCAUUAGAUUCUUAAAGCAACUUACAAACAUAAUUUAAAAGAUUUAAAAUACCAAUUAUUAAAUAAACAACCCAUACAUUAAAUAACACAACCUGAAAGCAAAUACAAAGCAAAUAUUCAGUUAUUCCCACUCAAAGCAUUGUAUUUGGAUAUUACCAUUCCAUGGCAAGCUAUACAAAUCCAUAAUUCAUAACUUUGGUUAUAGUACCAGAUAAUGAUGAUACUAUUCGAAUAUGAGCCCACACAUAACACAGUUUAUGCCCACAUUCUCUGCAGCAUUAGGAAGGCAGAGAAAGAGCUUUGCCCUCACAGGGAGCCAGGAGACUAGCUGUACUGAAGGUUUUCUUCUUAUUUGUUAAGAUGGAGUAGAUGAAGGAAAGGAGGAAGCUCAUAAGCUCAAAGCCCAUUAAUGAUGGCCAGUCUGUGGUUUGAGAGUUACAUCUAUGGUCUGUCCACACCAGCAAUUGCUUUGGGUUAACAAAACGUAUAUCAGGUACAGCAUAAUCCCACAGCAUCCCCCCAUGAAUGCCUUGAAGUUAUGCUGUACCUGAGAUGCAUCUUAUUAUGUAAAACUAGGAAAACUACAAGAGAAAUCAGAGGUGUACAUGAUAUCCACAGGGCAUUGAAAGAGGGGGCAAGAAGCACUUUCACAACUAAUGUAAGGAAGGCGAGCAUCUGAGGUAUUUAUAGUUCAGGAGGCUGUCCUCCUGCCCAACAGUUUCAAUUGCUAUAACUGAAUAUGAAUCUACUUCCAUAUUGAUUGGUUUCAUUUGGCGUGAACUACCAAAUGAAAGAAGGGAAUGGAGAGCAAUGAGUUCAGUCUUCAUUUAAAUCAUUUUGAUUUGCAGUGACCAUUCAUAAAAACACAAAUUUCUUUGAAAUGGGAGCCAUACAAUCACUGCAAGUCCUCGAUUAAAAUAUAUUGAAGAUCAGAGCAACACUUCUUAAAGGUAUAACAAUAGUGGAGUGCAGUGGUGGGUUAAUGGAGAAGCAGAGUAGGCAUUUCCCUAUAGCGGCAAAAUUUGAGGAGCAGCAAAUUUUGCACCUCCUCAAAUUUUGUUGCCCCUCUCUCUGUGGCUGCAGCAAGGGUGGAGUGGGCGAGGAGAAAGUCCCCCUUUUACCUUUAAAAAGAAAGGCAAACCUUUUUUGUUUAAGUUUUAAAGGGUGGCAAAAGCCUUUUUACCUAUGGGUGGCAAAAAGCUUAAUCGACCCUUGGUGGAAUGAGUACAAGUCUGUCAAACCUGCAGGAAAUCUCUUUAGGCUAAAGGAAUCAGUGGGGGGAAAGUGUCGUCUUUUGUUUUUUGCAGAGGGUGGGAGGCUCAUUGUACUCCUGUUCAGAACCACUUAGACUAGCAAUACAGUUUGGAUGUGGGCUUUUGUUUUGUUUUGUUUUUUAGAGGGGCUUGGGUGGGUUUUUUGUUUUUCUUUUUUAGUAUUGCUAAUAUAAUGGAGAAGGGAGAAAAGUUAAAAAUAGGGAUAACUUAAAUUUGGCCAAAACAUACUGGAGUGUUCUGAAUUUCAUUCUGCCAAGAGCAAUGUACUAUAAAAUGACUGUACCUCACAAUAAAAUUGGAACAUAAUGUCACUAGUAUUCAUAAGGAAAGAAUUUUGCCAUUCAGUCCAUUUCCAUAAAAUAGCUUGUUAUGUGAAAAAACACAACAGUGUAGUAAUUCUUACAAAAAAUGAGAACACUGAUGUCUACUUCAGUUUGGUUCUCAUGGUCAUUAAUAGUUGUUGCCUUCUUCAUAAUGGUGUUCCAUGGUGUCAACAACAACAACAAAAGGUUAAAAGAAAUGAACUGUGCCCAACUGAGGUGUGAUGUAAAUGGAACUGUGCAUUCCAGGAAGUGUAUCUUGAAGCAUGGCAUUAAAAGGUGAUUUCUAAUACAGUGGGUUGGGCAAGGAACUGCAGCUGGAAGUACGCCAGGGUCCUGCAAUUCUCUCAAAGGGCCUCCAUCUCCAUGAAGGAAAAUGAACUGUAUAAAUCCAAAUGACUGUGAUGGGACCACACUCAGGAAGGAUUACAACACGGAUACACACUUCAGCUGCUAAAUAAGCUAACAAACCUGAAACAGACAAGGCACGUAUAGAAGAUGGACUGUAAGCAUCUGGGUUCUUUUAUCCGUUUGUUUUCCAUUUUUUUUCUGUUUCUGUUUUUCUUUGGCCUAUAAUGAAUGAAUACAGAUAACUAUUCAUCAAGUAGUAACAUGCUACAAUGUGCACAUGACCACAGUGGGGUGGUAAGUAGUUAUCUGUAUCAUCUUGCUACAUGAUAAAGAGCAUGUUAUUAUCCUUCUGCACCUGAUCAGAAAUCUGGAGUAGUAACAUUCUCCUUACAACUUGGGAAGACAAUACAGAUAACCAGCUUACCUAGUGGCUACAAGCACAUCAUAGCAAUGUACCACUUGGUAGAUGCUGGUUAUCUGCAUCAUUUAUCCACAUCCAUCUCUCAAACUGGGAUGUUUUAUUCAGUUGCAUGCUGGACAUUCAUCCCCCUUUAAUUUUAUUUAAUACACAUCACAAACGUAUGUAAAGAGACCUAUGUUAUUUAGAUAUGACUUGGUUUUUAUGACACACAAACAUUGUAUUAUAUUUUACUAUUUGUUGUUCAAUAAGUAGUCCUGGAACACCUCUGUUCAGUGUCUAAUUUUGGAACGUAAAGCCACAUCCUUGUCAGGGCUUUGUCAAUUUGGUGGACCUUUUCUCUUUGUUCAGUAGAGGUAAUGCAUGAUUCAUUUGCAGUAACAGUUUGAAGGAUGAAAUAAAGUUACAUUUCUUAAUUUUAUAAAAAGUACAACGUUCUUAUAAACACGAGUAUAAUGUACUGUGAUUUUAUUUAUAUAGAUCUAGUCUGUAUGACCAAUUUUGUUCUUAAUAAAAUGACGUAAGAAAUUGUGCAAUUGUAAUUCAUGCCUAUUUUGUAUUUAUAUAUUAAAGUUGGAGUAAAUGUUUAAAGAGCUCA